AUGGCUGCUGGCUCGCCGGCCGGGCCGCGGGCCAGCCCUCGCAUGGAGCGGCUCAGCUCGGUCGAGGAGCUGCGGGAGGUGACGUCACUGCUCUGCACCGACGUGCCGCAAGGCUAUAAUGAGCGCACCAUUCUCACGCGCCACUUUUCCAAGUACGGCCAGGUGGUGCGCGUCAGCUGCAACAAAGCCAAGGACACGGCGUCCGUACACUUCGUUGACCAUGCGUCGGCCGACGAGGCCCGCAAGCGCGGCAUGAAGGUGCACCCCAAGGUGCCGCCCAUGCGGCUGUUCUUCCGGCGUCCGGUGAAGCCGGGCGCCGCCAGACCGGCCGGCCAGUCGCCGCCAGAGGGCGAGCCGGGGCCGCCCACCGCCACACUAAACGUGGCCGAGCUGCGCGCGCUGCUCCGACAGCCGGCCGCCACAGCCACAGACCGGUACCGCGUGCUGGACGCCCGCGACAAGCUGCACAGAGCCGUGCUGCGCCGGGAGCAGGCGGCCCGCUCCGGGCCGCUGGUCGGCACGUGCCCGGACAUGUGUCCUGAGAAGGAGCGCUACAUGCGCGAGGAGAAGCACCAGAUCAGCGCCGCCUACGAGCGAGACAGGGAGAGGCAGGGUCCGUUCGAGAUGGAUCAUCGCCUGGCAGUGAAACAGUACUCCAGGAGUUCAGCCGAUCAGGAGGAGCCGCUGCCGCACGAGCUGCGCACCCCGGCCGCCCUGCUGCUUACCAUGGACUACCUGGUCACGCACGUCAUGGACGCGGAGUCACGCGACUCUGGCGACUGGUUUCACUUUAUCUGGGACCGUACGCGCGGCAUCCGCAAGGACAUCACGCAGCAGCAGCUGACGGACCCAGUGUCGGUCGGCCUGGUGGAGAAGUGUGCCCGCUUCCACGUGCACUGCGCCUCCGCCCUCUGCGAGCUGCCGCGCGACAUGUUCGACCAGAAGAUCAACAACGAGAACCUCACCAAGUGCCUGCAGACCCUGAAGCACAUGUACCACGACCUGGCGCUGCGCGACGUGCCGUGUCCCGGCGAGCCCGAGUUCCGCGCCUACGACAUCCUGCUCAACCUCAACGAGGGCGACAUCCUCAGGGAGGUACAGACUUACAGCGACGCCGUACGUGAGUCGGCUGAGGUGCAGUCGGCGCUGCGCGUCUACGUGGCGCUCUCCACCAACAACUACGUGCGCUUCUUCAAGCUGGUGCGCCGCUCCGCGUACCUGCCCGCGUGCCUGCUGCAGCGCUACUUCAACCAAGUCCGGACGCGCGCCCUGGACGUCAUCACGCGCACCUUCUGCCCGCCCAAGAAGGUGGUCGAGUUUCCGCUGAGCGAGCUGCAGCAGACGCUGGGCCUGGAGAGCGAGGCCGAGUGCGCCUCGCUGCUGCGUCAGCACGGCCUCGAGUCGGAGCAGGGCACCGCUUUCCUCGAGCGGGCCGUGUUCCAGGCGCCCGAGCUGGCGCCGGACGUGCGCCGCUGUCCCACGCUCAUCGACGCCAAGCGCGCCUGCGCCGUCGGCCAGGUGAUCCAGGGCGCGCCGCUGCCGGCCGACCCCCUCCCCGGCUACCAGCCACACGACAGCUUCGACGCGGCGAACGUGCUGCGCCGCGCCGCCUGGGACGCGUUCGAUCAGCGCCGCGACGCCGCC